UGAUAAACUCAAUGGGGCUGUCUAUUUUUAACCUCCUGUACUUUACUUUCAGCAAAGUAAUCAGUGCAAGCAGAGCUCUUUUCCCUGAAUGAAUCCAAGUAACCCUGGUGGUUCCUUUCUGAAAUGACCAGCAGACGUGCAUCUGAGCAGAGGCUGCCCAAGGAAUAAACUCUGGUUGUAAAGUACCAUGUCUAGCCAAGGAAGUCCUGGAGUGGAGUUUUCAACAACAACUGUCAGUUCAGUAGCUGUGCAGGCUGGAGACUGCAGAAUCGUGAUAGCUGUCAUAAAGUGUGGCAAAUGGGUACAACUUCAAUUGGCUGAAUCACAGCCCAAUCUUCUAGAGAUUGGGAGCAGUCAAGAUGAAACCAAAAAACUUCUUCACGAUCAUGAACUUCUUUUGGCCAAACUCAAGGCUUUGGAAGAUCGGGUGUGGGAACUCUUGCAGGAAGCAGACAAGACAGCUGAAGAGAACAAGAAACAGAGUCAGGUUUAUGACGCCAUGGCCCAGACCUUGGGUGAAGCCUGGGCAGCUCUGGUCUCCAUGCUUGAAAGAAGACGGGAACUCCUUAGGUUGACCUGUGAAUUUUUUGAAAAUGCCUUGGAGUUUGCUAUUAAAAUAGACCAAACUGAAGAUUUCCUCCAGAGUGCUCAUGAGUUUGAAAGUGCUGAGUCUUUACAAUCACUUCUUCAGCUUCAUGAACAUCACGCCAAAGAACUCCUAUCUCGAUCUCUAGCCCUUUUAAACAAAAGCCAGCAACUCACUGACUUCAUAGAGAAAUUCAAGUGUGAUGGACCUACUGUGAGUUCCGAGUUGAUCCAGGGAGCUCAGAGCAGCUGUCUGAAGAUUGACAGCCUUCUUGAACUUCUGCAAGACAGGAGAAGGCAGCUAGACAAGUACCUGCAGCAGCAGCGGCAAGAGUUGGGUCAGGUUCUGCAGAUAUGUCUGUGGGACCAACAAGAAAACCAGGUUACUUGCUGGUUUCAAAAAACCAUAAGAGAUUUGCAGGAACAAAGUCUAGGUUCAUCACUUUCAGACAAUGAGGAGCUAACUUGUAAGCACGAGGAACUAACAAUAAAAGCAAAGGAAUGGAAUUCCAUUGCAGAGAAGCUGAAAAGCGAGGCCUUGGGGAUUCUGUGGGGAAAGGACUGUGUGGAGAAAGAACAUCUACAGCUAUCUAACCAGAAACUGAACCAGCUUCAAGAAGAAUUUGGUCGACUCAUGGUGGAAAGGAAAACCUGGUUAAAACAGGCAAAUGAUUUUUUUAACAGUGCUAAUAAGGCAUUUGAUGUACUUGGAAGAGUUGAAGCUUACCUUAAGCUCCUUAAAUCAGAGGGUUUAAGUCUGCCUGUCUUGGCAGCAAGGCAUGAGGAAUUACACAGAGAAAUUAAAGAGUGCACAGCUGAUGCUUUGCAAAGGGGCCAAACCUUAAUCAGACAAGUAGACUCCUGCAGCUUUCGAGUGACAGGCGUCCAUGAGAUGAUGGGACACAUUCAGAGACGAGUGGACCAGUUGACCCAACAGUGUUCAGCGCACAAGGAAUUUGCUCUUAAGAAGCAGCAAUUAACAGCCUCCGUGGAGAAUCAUCUAAGGAAGGUGGAUAUGUCAAUUCAGAAAAUCAUUCCAGUUGUUUCCAAUGCAAUGGAUAUUGGUUCCAGUCUUUCUGAAUCUGAGAAGAUUUUAAAUAAAUAUCUGGAAUUAGAUAUGCAAGCUAAGGAGACAUCACAGGCACUGGAAGCAGCUGUAAAAGCCAUGUUGGAGAAAAAUGAAUUUGAAUCUGAUGAAGUAGCAUCGCUUUCUUUUAAAGCUCAAUGGCUAGAGGAAGAAUUAAACAUACUUGGCCAGAGCAUCACCUCCAGGUCACAAGUCCUGCAAAGCUACAUAGCAUUUCUAAAGUCAUCAGAGGAGGUAGAAGAGCAAUUUCAGAACCUGAAGGAAUUUUAUCAAACUCAAAUCCUUUGGGAGGAGAAGGAGGAUGUGAAAAUCAAGCAUUGGUCUGACUCGGCUGAGAAGCAGUGGCAGCUAUUUUUGAAGAAGAGUUUUUUAACCCAAGACCUAGGACUUGACUUCCUUAAUUUAAUACAAAUGACAAAGGAGAGUGAAAUAUUAAAUGUGAAAAAUAAAGUGCACAUUGUGGAGAAUACUCUGGAAAACCAGAAGGCUAGAUGGGAAGAACUUAGCCACCUGCGGAUGGCAUGGCAACUUAAAGGAACUGAAAGCAAGUCCGUGAAGCAGCAGUGGACGGCGUUCAAGGAGAAACUCAGAAAGACAACCCACAAUGUAAAACUCCUUCAGGAAGUACUCAUGCCUGUGUCUGCACUUGACCUUGGAGGGAGCCUCCAGACCAUUUCAGAUCUGCGGAAAAAAUGGAAUGAAAUGAAGCCUCAGUUCCAGCAACUGCGUGAUGAGGUUCAGUACAUCAUGAGAGAAUUGGAAGAAUUAAGAGACAAAGGAGCCCCUGUGAAAGAGAAGUCUCAACAACUGAGUGACCUUAUUUACCUCCAUCAGAAACAAACAGAGCGCAUCCAAGAUUAUGACAAUCUCCUGCACAAGGUAGUCCUCUUCCACCAAGUCAGGGAGGAGCUGGGACAUCUCAUCAAAUCAAGAGAACUGGUGUUUCUGGAGCAGCUGGAGGAACUGGGUGAUGCUCCUGAGGCCCAGAUACACCUCAGUCGCUCUCAGGAUCAAAAGGCACAUGUGGAGCAGCUCUAUCAACUGGCCUUUUCCUUAGGAGUGGACAUUAUCUCAUCAGCACAGCACCCUAAUUGCUCUAAUGUUUCUGCAAAGAAUGUGCAGCAGCAGCUGGAGGUCCUCGAGGUGGACAGUAUGAAGUGGCGUGCCAAAUCUGAGGAGCACGACCGGGCCCUGUGUCGCAGUUUGGAGUACUGCACCACAAGAGAUGAAAUAAAUGAGCUCAAAGAGUCUUUCAAAGAUAUCAAAAAGAAAUUCAACAAUUUGAAGUUUAACUACACUAAGAAAAAUGAAAAAGCUCGAAAUCUGAAGGCUCUUAAAUAUCAAAUACAACAAGUUGAUAUGUAUGUUGAAAAAAUGCAGGUUUUGAGAAAGAAAAUGGAAAAAGUUAAUAAUAAAACUUGUGAUUCUUUCUUAAAUUAUCCAAGUAAUAAAGUUAAUGUCCUUUUGGAAGCCAUGAAGGAUUUGCAGAAACAUGUGGAGGACUUUGAGAAAGUUGUCACAGAUUACAAAGUAAAUCUGGACCUGACUGAGCAUCUCCAAGAAGUAAUAGAAGAGUGUCACUUUUGGUAUGAAGAUGCAAGUGCCACCGUUGUAAGAGUUGGGAAAUAUUCCAUGGAGUGCAAGACAAAGGAAGCCGUGGAAAUUCUCCACCAGCAGUUCAACAAGUUCAUUGCACCCUCAGUGCCUCAGCAAGAGGAAAGGAUUCAGGAAGUCACAAACCUUGCUCAGCGCUUAUAUGGUUUGGAAGAAGGACAAAAAUAUGCUGAGAAAGUUGUGGCAAAACACAAAGAGGUUCUUGAAUCUAUCACUGAAUUAUGUGGGUCUCUCAUGGAGCUCAAAGAAAAGCUGAAGCAGGGUGAUGCUGUAAAGAUGAAUUCCAAUCUGGAGGAUUUCCAUGACAAUGGCAUUGACCUACUAAAGGAACCAAUGAGAAAUAAACAGAUGAUAUUUAAUGAAGAGAGAAAUAAGGAUCAGGCGCAGGUGGUAGAUACUGAGGCCAUUGUUGGAGCAGGAGAAGAUAGACUUCCCCAGAACCUGAGGCCUCUGUCCUCUGCCGAAGAGAGCCGUGUCCAGGGCCUGCUUCUGCCUGAAGAUAUGCUGUCAGGAGAAGAAUAUGAGUGUGUCUCGCCUGAUGACAUCUCCUUGCCUCCACUCCCAGGAAGCCCCGAGUCCCCCCUUGCACCUUCAGACAUGGAGGUAGAAGAGCCUCCCGGCUCCUCCCCCCUAAUUCACAUCAGCAGUUGCAGGAUGCAGAUGGGGACCAGUGGUCCUGGGGAGGCCCAGGAAUCCACUCUUCCACCACCCGUUGCUUUUGCCGAUGAGUGCAGUGAAAAGAGAGAAACAUUUUCAAGUCAUUUUGAGAGGCCUUACCCCCAAUUCUUACUCACCUCCGGAGGAUUUCUGGAAACAAGUUCUGCCUUAUACAAAAUCAGUGCUAAGCAUCCGGAGAGCAUGCCGAGUGAAGUGCAUGAGAGAGCUUUACAGCAGCACCCUCAGGCUCAGGGAAGUUUGCUAGAAACGCAGGAGAAAAUGCAUGCUGAUCAUAACGUCACUAAAACCCGAGACAGGCUGCAUGCUUCCCCUGAUGCCCUCCAGGGCCUUGACUUUCCAUCAGGCAGCAGCAGGGGCUCUCAGAGACAAAAAAUGUUUCCCCAAGAAGAGAUGAGCAGCACAUCUGCCAAGAACAGCGUGGUCAGCCUCGCUGGCCAGGCACCAAAUUUCUCCAGGCUCCUGUCCAAUGUAACUGUUAUGGAAGGUUCUCCAGUGACAUUGGAAGUUGAAGUAACAGGAUUUCCAGAGCCUACACUGACAUGGUACAAGAAGGGCCAGAAAUUGUCUGCAGAUGGGCACUUACAGGUUUUAAACAAGGAAACAAAGCAUUCCGUGUUCAUUCCGAAGGUAUGCAAGGCAGAUGCAGGCCUCUAUGUGGCUCGGGCCCAAAACUCUAGUGGCACUGUCUCUUCCAAUGUCGUCCUCCACGUAACAGGUAACCACAGGUCGCCAAUCACAAGGAUAAACUGGAUAAUGCUGUGUGUCAUCUAUGUCGGUGUAUCCCUAAUGUACUGGCUACUCACACAGUGACUGUGGUGUUGACAUUGAUGGACAUCAUUCUUAUGAGCCUAAAGGACAAUAUGGUUGUUUAUUUUCUGGCACUUCCUACAAACCACCCCCAACAAAUGUACCUCCAGUGAUGCCAUCUUGUUUGUUGGACUCAUAACCUCUACUAUGUGAAAUCAUUGAAUUUUCUUUACUAUUUACUGUAGCUGAGGAGCUUGGUAAAUCAUGUGCAGUGGAUAAGAAUAUAUUUUUGUACUCUAGAAAGAAAUGUGUUAAAUAUAAUAUGCAGCAAAAUGAGACCCUGCUUAUUCCCUCCCAAUUUAAGGACAUGCCAGUGAAGGCUCACUUAAGCAUAGAAAUGCUAGUUAAUUUUCAAAUCUAAUCCGUUCAAUAAUUUAUUUCUAAUUGUACUCACAAACACCUCUUUGUAGGGCAUGACAGUAGAAAUAGUGAACCAAAGUUGUGAUUUUUCCAUCAUGCAUUGGCCGUCCCUCAAUUUUAUUUUUCAUAUCUUGAUCUCAUUUGCUGGUAUCCAUUCUAUGUACUUUUUAUAUAGACCACAUUCCUGAAGCUAGGUCACUAUAAAUAAUCAUUCCUCAUGUUGAUUUUAUGGGUCUGACACUGGAGAAUAAAUGCACCAUCAACUCCACACGGAGUUUCAAUCUUCCAUCAGCUCUUCAUGUCAUAGAGCAAGAUGGAACACAGGCAGCAGGAAUGGACCCACAACACACCUAUCAUUCCAGUGAUAUGUUUUGGGUAUCCAUGUAAACAAAUGCAAUCAAGUCCUCCUGCUUCUAAUCUUGACACUGCUGCUGACCACUUUUAUGGUCUAUAGCAAUGCACCUCAUUGCUUCAGUUGCCCAUUUGGAAAAUGGGUUCUUCAUCUCUACCUCUCAGGCCAUUGAGGAUUUUCAUUUUGUGCUUUGUAAAGACCUAGAAAAUAAAAAACAACUCUGUGAAGGCUGAAGGUUAUUUUACUGUUUAAUGAAAUGUAUCAUCACACUGGCCUGCUACUCACUACUCUCUUUCUUUCGGAUGCUGUUUUUUUAGAAUAUUAAAUUAAAGGAGUGUUGUUAGUAUGUAAUUUCAAACUAUUCCCAUAGGGAAAAAUGAUAAUUUAUGAGUUGGAGCUUAAAUUCCUUUCUAAUUUUUUUUAAGAUUACAUUCCUUUCAAAGACUUGAAAUUAAACUCAGGAGGAUAGAUUUAGCAUGUUCUAGAGGGAAAGUGCAUAAUAAGAUGGUAUAAGAUGAAUUCUAGCCUUUUAAAAAUAAUUAUCAUUGUAAUAUGGAAGAAUGUUCUAUGCCUUUCUGAAAUACAUUAUUCAGAAAAGAAGAUGAUCUUUUUGUUCUUUUAAAAAAUAAGAGACAUUUUGUUUUUAUAUUUUACACAUAGUCUGUCACGCUAGGGCAAAAUCUUUAGUUGAACGAAUAAUUCAUUACAGAUUUUCGAUGAAGGAAAGGAAUUAAUUAUAUUUCUGGAAGACUGUCUCCAAAUAAUCAAAAUAUUUAAGUGUAAUAUAUUCAGAUUGGUAUUAAAAAGUUACUGAAUGUUAUCUGAUCAUGUGAAAUGUCUAGUCAAGUAAAAACUUGGCAUGUUCUUUCUUGUGCUCCAUAUUCAAUUUAAUUAAAAAAUUAAA